CGUUUGCCUUGCCCCAGCUCACUCAUCCACUCGAUUCAUUCACCUCAGCCUGAUACUAGCCCGUCACCAAGUUGGAAGGACACAAUGUCGAAUUUAAUUUCGAAUUAUUCAAAUCAACAACAAUUUAGUAUUAGCCCCGCCAACGGCCGUCAAACCGUUGGAGAUGGGGCUUUCUCUGUUGACGCUGUGACUCCUGACGUUCUUGCCGUCUGCCAAGUACAGGGUUCCAACGACAUAUACUACUACAGCACUACGUUCUCUGGCGGUAGCAUUAAGAAUGGUUACCGCGGUGGUGUUUCUGCGCCCACGCAAAGAACGGCAGCUGGGGAUUAUUCCAAGAAAAGUAUUCCACACUCCGCGCCUCGUGACAUUCCCAUUUCCAAGCAAGGUCAAACGGGCAUCUCCAACAAUAAGGGGUAUCAUGGUUUCCCUGGUCAGCCCACCCCACCGCUUACGCCGGAUGCUUCUCCUGGUUCUGGCCCAGUUCUGCCAUUCAAUGUACAGCCUGGUGCUGGAGAUAACGCAGAGCACGAUUUCCUCGUGCACUUGUUCCCCGGUUCGGCGCGAGUUGCGCUGAAACACGCAAAGAGUGUCCGUAUUGCCUCGUCAGAGCUCGCUGUCGAUGCACCGGGUUCUGGCACUGCAUUUGCAUUUGAGGGUAUUGUUCUUGACGCCCCGGGACAUCCGCGCACAUUGUACAUUGACGGUAAGGACGCGGAGAACGUCAAGCUAAGAGAGAGCAUUGUUGCCCUUCUGGAUCUUGCCGAUGAGCAUUUGGAAUGUUCCGCCCUUGUUAUCGCCCUAGAGCGUUCAAGUCCAGCCCUUGCAGGAUUACUGCAUUCGUUCCUGUAUGUUGGCGCGACUGUUGUCACUCGUCCGCCGUACCCGGUUGACGAUGCGUACGUUCUGGUUGGCAUCGAAAUUUAAUUGUUAGCAGGAAAUGUUUUCAAAAGAAUUUGUUUCCUGAUAUUUUGACGAGUUUGACUGAAUGAUGGCCGACAUAUAAUAUUCGAUAGUUUUUUUUUGUGUUUCAUAGUAUGCCCG